CCAUUUCAGAUAAAUAAAGGCCCACGUCUGACAACUGCCCGCAAAAGGGGGGACCCCCCUCCCCCCACGUACCUUUGGGGCGUAUUCGGCUUUUUGGCUGGGGGGGCGGCUCUCCUCACUUCCUGAGUUUCUCCUACCGUCUAUGGGAUGAACUGCAGUCUGCGUGGCUGAAGCGAGGGGCGGGUGGAGGAGGAACUGACACGUGGAUUAUUAACAGUCCCGGACCCAAGGAGGAUCCAGCCCGGGAAUAUAGCUAGGCGUCGGUGCGAUCUGACAAUCAGCCCGCGUUUGUCUUACUGGGGCGUCCGGGGGUGUCCGGAGCUCCGAAGGACAAGAAAGAGACCAUGAUCGGACUGUGUAAUUUUAACCCGAUGCAGUUGCCCUGCUCCCCCAGCGGACCUCGCAAGUCCUAGGAUUGCUAAUUUUUUAUUUUUUUGUUUGUUUUUUUUUUUUUUUUUUUUUUUUUUUAAUAGAUUUGCGGGUUUAAAUCGGGAAGCCCCGCUCGUUGAAUGGCAAUUUUACAAAAGCAUGGCAAGAGCUGCAAUCCGGAUUUACCCGACCUUAAAGAUAAUCCCCCGGACAGUUUCGGGGUCGCGGGGUCUCAGAGGAAGUGGGCGGAUAACAACGCGAACUGGCCCAGGCCGAUAGCACGCGUGUGGACAGUGGUUCUUCUUCUGGGAACAUGCCUGCUGUACUGCGCUCGCGUGACCAUGCCUAUCUGUGCCGUCUCUAUGGCGGAGCAGUUCAAGUGGAGCAAGAGGGAGUCCGGCAUGGUACUCGGGAGCUUCUUCUGGGGGUACUGCUUCACCCAGGUCAUCGGAGGCUACGUCAGCGACAGGGUGGGCGGUGAGAAGGUCCUCCUGUUGUCUGCAGCGGCCUGGGGCGCCAUGACAGCCUUCACGCCCAUCCUGGCUCACUUCUGCUCCCAGCCCAUAAUCUCCAUGACGCUUUCCCGGUUCCUCAUGGGGCUCCUGCAAGGCGUUCACUACCCCUCCUUGGCCAGCCUCUGCUCUCAGAAGGUGACAGAGAGCGAGAGAGGUUUCCUCAUGAGCACGGUUGGCAGCGGAUCCUACCUUGGGACGCUGGUGAUCGGAGCGGCAGGCUCACUGAUGCUGGACCUGUAUGGCUGGGAGAGCGUUUUCUACGUCACGGGCUUACUGUCUGUGCUCUGGGCUUACUGCAUGUGGAAGUACCUGCUGAAAGGGGAAGGUCCGAUCAUCACACUGGAGUCCUUGGGUAGCGCGGGGACUCAGUCCAAACUGGCCAAGAGGCAUUGGCUGCGCUUGUUAAAACAGCCAGCAGUGUGCGCGGUCAUCGUCACGCACCUCUGCACUGCCAGCACCUUUUUCACACUGCUGUCCUGGCUGCCAACCUUCUUCAAAGACACCUUUCCUGAUGCUAAGGGCUGGGUGUUCAACGUGAUCCCGUGGUUCGUGGCCAUCCCGUCCUCGCUCUUCAGCGGCUGUCUCUCGGACCACCUCAUUGGGCAAGGAUUCGACACCGCGGCCGUCAGGAAGCUAAUGCAGUUCUUCUCCAUGGGUGUGUCCAGCAUCUUCACCCUCUUCCUGUGCGGCACCACCACCUUCCCCACGGCCGUGGCCUUCGUCUCGGCCACCAUGGGCCUGACCACCUUCAGCCACAGUGGGGUUUCAGUCAACGUCCAAGACCUGGCGCCAUCUUGUGCUGGGGCACUUUUCGGCAUCAUGAACACGUGCGGAGCCUUCACAGGCGUGGUCAUGGUGUACUUCUCCGGGUACCUGAUAGAGGCCACCGGGUCCUGGGCGUCGGUGUUUGCCCUCAUCUCCGUGGUGAACCUCCUGGGCCUGAGCACCUUCCUGACCUUCGCUGAGGCACGGCGGGUCGACAUCGAGGGGACCAGGGUCAAGUACCACAACAUCCACAUCUGACAGCCUCACUGAACAUGCAAACAGGAUGGACAUGGGCAGGGGGGGGGAAACGGCAAUCAGGGAGGCUGCAGGCUUCUCCCAGCUGUGGAGUCAGAUCGGUGUGGGACCAAACAAGCCUUUAAGUAUGAAUUAUUCUGUUUUUUUUCUCUACUUCCUCCCUGUUUACUACAAAGGAGUAAGUAAUUCUUAUGUUUUCAACAAUAUGCGCACAUCAGCUGACUAAACGUCAGUUAUCAUGAUGCCAAAGUGGUCGGUUAUACUGAAGAGAGAGGAAGGUGGGGGACGUGCCGCCCCAUCAUUAAAUCACCUUUUAAGGUGCUUUGUUAAUGGACUCCAGCUUUAUGGUUCACAAGCGCAGCGGCCUGUGUUUGGGAGAUCAAAAGAGGUCACAUGAUUGUGUGUGUGUGUGUGUGUGUGUGUGUGUGUGUGUGUGUGUGUGUGUGUGGUGGGGGGGUAAACAAUUAGCCCCUUAUCCUCCUUGUGUUCCUCAGUGCUUCCAAAUCCAGCCCUUGGAAAUCCACACACAGUCCAUGAUUUUGCUCCCUGGAAGGGAGCAAAAACGUGGACCGACCGUGGAUCUACAAGGACCGGAUUGAGAAGCACUGAUCUAGCUGCAGGUGAGGUCACCACCCAAGCCUUGAGUGGAUGUUGUUUUGUUCUGAUUCAGUGUAAAAAUCACCAUCAUCAUCAUCAUCAUCAUCCACCUCACGAUCUUCAUCGAGUGCCUACAGCUAUAGCUCAGCUGUAGGUCAUCCAGCUCUUCCCAGUAGCACAUUUGUUAAGCCAAUUUAAUUUUUGAAAAGCUUGAUAUGUGUGUGUGUGUGUGUGUGUGUGUGUGUUUGUGUUAAAAGACCAAAGCCUUUAUUUCUGCGAAUGUAUGACUUAUUUAAAAUUGUCUGAAUUUUUUUUUUUUUUUUGAUUGUGUGCGAUUUAGAUUUUUCUCUAUGGAAGAGAAUGGCUUGUUAGAGCCACUUUGGAGUUUACUGUGAAAAUGGGUCUAUUAGCCGGAAGGCGGAGUUGUGGGCGGAGUCAUUGGUGGAGUGUGUAAGCAGCAUAAAUACGGUUGGUGCCUUUCGUCAAGUAAAGUGUCCAAAACGCGUCUCACUGCGGCAAGGGGGCAGCCCUUGGGUUCUGUCCGCAGCAUCGCAUGGGGCUGGUUGCUUGAAUACGAGGCCUUGACCUUGGUGUCAAAAUUUGUUCGUUAUUUGUUAGUCAGAAACGGCCUUUGUUCUCUGUGUCAGUGAAAACCAUUGGCAGAGAUGGGGAGUGAUAGUCUCCGCCUCCGUGUGGAAGUCAAUGGUUGAUUGGACAGAAUAUGCUGACAAUCACGUCAAAGACAACAGUUGAUUAUUGAACGUGGAGAUUUUUUUUUUUGUUGGGGUUUGGGGGGGGGGGACAGACACUGUCUGGCAACUCAAAUAUCCUUGCAGAAGUGCAGUAUGAUACAUAAUAUUUUUGAUGAAAGAGAUAAUACUAUUGGAGGUAUUGGCUGUUCUCUCAAGAGAUCAGUACCAGUGGAAAUAAUGUUCACCAGAAUGAUUCUGCAGAUGAUAUGCAGUGGUGAAAUAUAUGCAAGCGUGAGGAGACUUUACUGCAAGAGGGAUUAAGUAUUACAGAGGGCUCAGAGGUUCGCUCUUCUGUGUGGCUCCAUUUGGGUGCCAGUCUGACUGGGACAGUCCUGCGUUCAAACACUAACCGGCUUUGGUCGAUCUCUGUUUACCAAGAGCCUGAGGCUCCCUCAUUGGCCUGACAUUCUUUGGGGACGUACCACCCCAUUUACGCUUUAUACAACAGACAAGAGCCUCGUGUGUGGUAGGAAAUCUUUGGUGACCAAAUUAUUUAUUUCAAAGAUAUGUUUUAUUUAUUAUUAAUAGUGGCAGGUGUAUUCAUUAUAAUUAUCAUAAUAGCUAGCAUUUUUCAUCAUAAAAUAAACAUUUCCUACAGUUUACCUACAACAUGCUUUAAUUUCAGGAUUCCUAUAAAUUGGGACUGGAUGUGGUCUAAUAUGGUUUUCAUAUACUAUGUAAUAGGUAUUUUUUUGUUAAGACAAUUGCUAAACUUUCUUACAUUUUAGCAAGAUUAGUCUUUAAGAGUGUUUCUAGUAGUUUUGUAGUUGAAAUAGGAAGCUGUGUAGUUUAAAACAUUCACAAAACUGUAGGUCAGGGGUGUCGAACCCCAGUCCAGGGUGGCCGGAGCCCUGUGUAGCUUAGUUCUUUCCCUGUUCCACCAUAAAUGAUUCAGCUUUAUAGCUGUGUGGUAAUUAGCACAAGGAGUUGAAUCAGGUGUGUUAAAUGAGGGGAAACCCAAAAAUGUGCAGGGCUGCGGCCCCCCAGGACUGGAGUUUGACACCCUUACUGUAGGUUAUUCGUGCGUCACUUUAAAAUGAGUUAAAAAUUCAGAUUGUUUGUCGUUUGUUUUACCAAAGUUGAGGCUUGUGGUUUAGAAUGUGCCCUUCUAGUCAUUAUGUGAUCCUGGCCUGUACUGGAUUUGGGGAUUGGUGAGUAGGGGGUGCUGUAAGUGACCAAAUGGAUGUGAUCAUUUGUAACACUAGAUGUUUUGCAGUGAGGUGGGACACCUCUUCAUCCCGUCUGGAUCCCGCGCGGCCGCCGAACGAUGAGGUCUCACUGAAUGCGCUUACCUAAGUCAUCUGACCCGUCUGCUCCAAUCCUGGUCCGGUGCCAGCGUGGUCACAGGUGUUACAUCCCUGUGAAACACAUGACAAAUGUUACUCUCUGAUUCAGUUGCGUUUGUUACGUUCGUCGCGCACGUUUAUGUAUCGAUAUGUACGUGUGAUAUUUAUGGAACUGCAUACAUAUGUGCAUAAGGAAAAAAUGCAGCUGUCAACAUCAGCAGGCUACAGGGAAUCUGGGGGGGGGGGGCUGAACUUUACUCCUCUCAAUGCGAGCUGCCGGGACACAAACUUUAACUGGUUACCAAUACAAUAGGUUUUUGUAUAUCUUAAGUAGUUGGGUUUACGUUUUUAUUUGUUUGACGUACGGCGUCGGUAUGUUCAUAUUUACGUUUUAAUUUUUCUGAGGCAGAUUUUCGUAUUGUUAUUAUUUUGAUUUGGUCCAAUCAUGUAUUGUUUAAUAUCAUCUUAUCUUUGAUGUUUAAGGACUGAAGGUGUUCGGAAAGCAAAGAUUUCUACCUGAAUGGCAGACCACCAACUUGUAUUAAUGUCUGAGAACAUAAUACUGUAGCAUAUGUUAAAUAAAGGCAACAAAUUUAUUUAAAAUAAUGCAGUAUUGAUUUUUGGUUUGGGGGAAAAAAAAAAGAAUUUUUGUAAGCAUAUUUUGUUGAACUAUAAAUAAAAUAUAUUUUAACAGCUGAUAAA